CUAUUGACGUGUCACUUUUUGGCCAUCUUAUCCAAAUAGCAUCCAUGAUCGAGGUGGUGCUUUCCACAACUCCUAUCGAUUGAUCAAGAAUACGAGCAUAACACGAAGUAAUUUCGAUGAGCGCAGGCUCGACUCCUUUGAAGAAACCAAUGCCAGCGCCUCAAUAGAAGGCAAUUGACGGGCAGUGAAGAUACAGAAUACAUAGAUGGGAUGGUUAGUGGAUAAAGGAGGUCAACUGUACACACCUAAUACCCCUGCACGGAGUAUCCCCCUCCGUCCACUUGCUGCCUUUCGUCUGCCAGUUUUAUUAUCGCUCUGGUCUGCGUGGCCUUCCUCUGUCACUCAAACGGGGCGUGGUUGGGGCUUCUACAAUCGUCUCUACUCUACUUUCACGGACAUGGGGUUAUGUAUUUUGCGCUAUGUCCAAGUUCGACCUACUGCUGAACUUUCAUACAUGGUGUAUGCUCAUUGCUUAGCCGCGCGGCACUGUUUGGGUGUAUACUAGUCCCGUCACUGCUAUAGAGCAGUUCAUAACACGCAAU